UUAUUCUGCAUUAUCUUAACGUAACUAACUAUUUAUCUCCUAAUGUAGAUAAAGAUAUCUAUCAGUAUAAAACAAUAUCGUUCAGCAUAUAGAGUUGGAGGUGCUGAUAACCAUGAACACAAAACUGUGUGCUGUCUUCGCAUUUUUCUGCGUAGUUCAGAGCGUGUACUCAGCCUACCUCUAUGCUCUUGAUGAUUUUGGAGAAGAAAAUUCGGAAUCUGGCAGCGUAGAGAUGUCUGUUGGUGUAGUACCGAAGGAAACCUUUAAACAUGGUGAACUGAAGCCUUGCCAACCUGGAUUUUGCUGCCCAAUUGACUAUGAAUGCGGUAGUUUGUACUGUUACAAUUCUAAGCUGGACAAAGAACACGAUAUUUUGGUAUGCUGAAGUCUACGGCUGAUUGUUGAAUAAGGAUUCAGAAAUUUAAUACUCAGAAUAAUACUUUAAAGUCAAGAACUGAUAUUAUUUAUGAGAACUAGAUAAUGUAUUAUUUACAAUUUUUUAAAAUAAUUUCUGAAUAAAUUUAACAAAUCUUAUUUUUGUAAAAUAUAAUUACAAAUAUGUUAUACACCUGCAAAAUCCUUAAGCAAUAUUUAUUACAUUUUAAAUAAUUCUUAACUU